GUCAUUCCAGCCGCAGCGAACAAUCGGCCCUCAGUUAUUUAUUGGUGCAGCUCGCGGCCUCAGUUCAGUCUGCUGCUGCCCGUCUGCGCGUACACACACACACACGUUCACGGAGGAAACGAGAGGAAGGAGCUCGAGUCGGGAAGCUUGUGGACUUGUUGUUGAAUUGAAGCACAGAAUAGCGUAAAGUCGUUCCUGAGGGAUGACUCUAUAUUUUGAUUUGUGAAUAACUGCCACCUAUAGGCUGUUUUUUUUUUGCUAAUUUCCCGCCAACUGAAAUGAGAACUGCUGAAGGCUCAUCUGGAACGGUCCUGCACCGUCUCAUCCAAGAGCAGCUCCGCUACGGCAACCUGACGGACACUCGCACGCUCCUGGCCAUCCAGCAGCAGGCCCUGCGCGGAGGCGGCAGCGGCAGCGGCGGGGGCACCAGCAGCCCUCUCUCCUCCCUGGAGAGCCUCACCCAGGAGGAGUCCCAGUACGUCCAGAUGUCGACGCGACAGGAGCCCCAGGGCCAGGAGCACCAGGGCGACUGCCUGCACUCCGAGAGCCAGGUGUGCCACCUGUACCAGCUCCAUGGAGAGCAGCUGCCCACGUAUGAGGAGGCAAAGGCCCACUCCCAGUACCUGAUCUCCCAGAAGGGACAGGCGGAGCCUGGCGUGGACAUAAUGGGGGGUCGCGGUGAGGGACAGUGGGAUCUGAAAAGGGAGCACGCUCGCUCCCUCAGUGAGAGGCUCAUGCAGCUUUCUCUGGAGAGGAACGGACCUCGAGACAAUUUAGCCAUCAGCUCCUCACACAGCUACCCGCAGCUGUAUAACAACGUUACGAACACGGAGGCGGCUAACAGGGAAGGUCCACGACAAUGUAGAGAUCAACGUGGGCCUCCCCCAGACUAUCCUCUGUUUGCCAGACUUCCUGGAUACAUGCUCAGCCACUCACAGGAGCACGGACACUACUACAGAGACCCUCCUCCCCCUUUCUACUCCCAGCAUCACAGCAGGUAUGUGUCUGCUCAGUCCCAGGUGGCUUACAACAACAGCAUCACCACCACCGCAGCCCCCUCCAACGAGAACUCAGCUCAGACCAAUGUGUUGAUACGGGAGAACGAGCGGCUCAGGAAGGAGCUGGAGGUCUACACUGAGAAGGCCGCCAGGCUGCAGAAGCUGGAGUUGGAGAUUCAGAGAAUAUCUGAAGCUUACGAGACUCUGAUGAAAGGCUCAGCCAAGCGGGAGACUCUGGAGAAAACAAUGAGGAAAAAACUAGAGGCCGAGAUUAAGAGGAUGCACGACUUUAACAGAGACCUGAGAGAUCAGCUUGACUCAGCUACCAAACAGCGGGCGGCCAAGGAGGCCGAGUGUACCGACCAGAGACAGCACGUCUUUGUUAAGCUGCUGGAGCAGAAUGAAGAGCAGCAGCGGGAGCGCGAACAUCUGGAGAGGCAGAUGCAGCACCUGCGCGUCUCUGGGGAGGAGUGCCAGCGGAGGCGGGAGCUGCUCGAGCAGGCUCUGGCCUCGACGCAGGCCCGCAACCGGCAGCUGGAGGAAGAGCUGCAGAGGAAGAGAGCCUACGUAGAGAAAGUGGAGCGGCUUCAGAGCGCGCUGGCGCAGCUGCAGGCGGCGUGCGAGAAGAGGGAGGCGCUGGAGCUGCGGUUGCGCACGCGACUGGAGCAGGAACUGAAAAGCCUCAGGGCACAGCAGUCUCAGAAACAGGCAGCUGACCCCACGGCUUCAGAGUUGAGCUCCUCCACGUUGCAGCAGCAGCUGAGGGAGAAAGAGGAGCGUGUUCUGGCCUUGGAGGCGGACAUCACCAAGUGGGAGCAAAAAUACCUGGAGGAGAGCACCAUGAGGCAGUUUGCAAUGGAUGCAGCUGCCACUGCUGCAGCACAGAGAGAUACAACCAUCAUCAAUCAUUCACCACGACAUUCACCAAACAGCAGUUUUAAUGAAGACCUGCCUUUGUCGAGUCACAGACACCAGGAGAUGGAGAACAGGAUCCGCGCACUUCACGCUCAGCUCCUGGAGAAGGACGCUGUGAUCAAAGUCAUCCAGCAGCGCUCCCGAUGGGAGCAGGGCAAGCUGGAGAAACAGGGGCUUCGCCUCGCCAGGUCCGUCCCCUCUAUCAACACCGUGACCAGCAGCACAGAGAGUAAAGGAAAGAGCCUCUCAGAUGACCAGACAGGUGCUGCUGCUGCGUUGCAACCCCAACCCUGCGUGGGGCCCAGGGGCCCGAGUCGGGACUCCAGCACCCAAAGUGACAACGUCCCUACUGAGGAGCCUGAGCUCACAGCAGAGCCUGGCAAGCUAAAGAUGUCUGAGGUGAUCUCAGCGGCUUCCACUGACGCCCCGGAGGAGCCACUCAAGACAUUCAAGAGCAUCAACAGCUCAGAUGCAGAGGUGGUUGAAAUCCUCAUUUGAGUGCUCACUACAGCUGAUAUAUGACUGAACAGCGACGGUCAACGAUGACAGAGACUUUUGAGUGUUAAAGGCCUUCCUCAACGUCUGACCACGAGUAAAGAAAGCCAGAUCGUCAGACGUGAGAGGAGCUAUUUCACCUACGUCAAACAUGCAGUGUCCAGAAUGUGGCAGAGGAGAGCUGAGCUUUCCUUCUACUGACAUUUACCUCAAGAGUCCGAAUUCUCCAAGGUACCUGGACAGUAUUCUGCUCUGUGAUAGGAACUUUUGUUGUGCACGUUAAUUUUUCAGUUACGUAUUGUAUUUAUAUUUGCAAAUGCUGCUCAUAUUGUGAUGUUACUUUUUAUGUUUGAGAGGUUAGAAGAACAAGGAUCACUCCACGCCUUGCUCUGCUCCACUUAAAUUAUAUACAGUUAUACUCACUUUUCUGGAUUAAGCGCGCAACCCCUUCUGUGUUUUGUUCGGUUUAUUUUGAAUUUCCAGCGAGCCUGUUACCUCAGAAAGUAAUGGGAAUAUUUAUAAUAUAAGCAUCCUCUUUGUUUUCAUGCCAUGUUUGGGGAUUAUUCUGUUUCACAGAACCUAAAUUAACAGUUGCUCGUCUCUUUAAAAUACAUCCGGGGCCCUCCUCACAGGUCAGAAGAAGAUUUUGAGCCCGCAGAAUGUCUGCUCAUUUCUCUCUUAAAAAAGCCUGCGAGGACUGACGAGUGUUUCACCGGGGUCUAAUUUUCCAGUUCCCGGGUUAAUGUUCAGGGCUUCAGAUGGCGACUGCCCAGCAUUUCGCUCCCGUCCGCUAACACGCUGGAGCUAAUCUUCUCACAUUCCCUCGCUGAGGGAAUGCUCCCAUUAAAGAAAAAGGCUAUCUAAAGUCUGACCCCUCGCCCUUGUUAAAAUGGCACGCAUUCUUUGGCAUUGGUUAUUUCUUCCGAGUCGCAGUAGCUGGUUCUACCACGAGCAUAGAAAUGGUCCACUAUAAUUGGCCUGCAUUUGCUACUCUAUUUGUUGUCCCCAUUACUGUGUCAUAUUCAGCUGUUUUCCCCACUGCUCAAGUAUCUAUGUGGACUAUAUCCUUAACAUGGAAUCUUCUAUUUAUUUCUCCCUGCAUAGUGUCGGAUCACUGAACACUGCUGAAUGUAGACUCCUGUUUUCCAGGACUGUGUCCCUUUUGUAUUUAACUGGAAUGUGUUCUACUCUUUAGAGGGGAAUACCGCUAAGCUAAUAUAUUAUCCUACAGUUUUUAAUUGCUGAAUUGUCAGGGUCCAUCUUGACAACAUUAUCAAUAAGAGUAUUGUUUUAAGUCCCACGAAUAGCAUGUGAAGUCUCACAUUUGACUGGUAUUCCCCGUCAAGCUUUCCCGUCACAAUGCGUUUGCUGGUCAAAGCACUGUGUCAGUUUGAGUUAAUGCCCUUCACUUUUUUUGGAAUGUGUUUACAUGAAUGGCUAUCUGAAGUGAGAGAAGUUAACAUAUUUUCUAGCUUGUUUUUUUCAUUGAUUUACUUUAUUUGUUUUGUUUUUCUGUUGCCAAAGAUGUGCUCUACUUUUAAGUUAUAACCGAUGUCAAAUACAAAAGGUCCUGUUAAGGUGCCUUGCUUCAGCUGGUUGACCCAUUGUGAUGUUGCUGUGAACUUUUGUAAAGGAAACAUUUGUAUGUAUGCCUUACCAUUUCACUAUAAUAGAUUAAAAUUCUUAAUAUAUGUCUGAUAAAA